UUACAUGCCACCACGAGCGUUCCCGAUUACCACACGAAGUUACUCCGAAACAAAACAAGAUGGCGGACUACCAGGCUCAAAUUCUCCAAGAACGGAUGAAACUUCAUACGACAGUUUUCGGGCAAGCUUUCUCGCCAUGCGGUCACUAUUUGGCGGCAUGCGAUAACUUUGGACGGAUUUGUGUAUUCAGCCUAAUUUCAGUAUUUAAACCCGAAGAUAGUACAUUCGACAGUCAUAAAGCUUUGCUGUCCUUUCAAGCUCAUAAAGGACCAAUUUAUUCUCUCAUUACUGCAGAUAAUUUCUUAAUUAGUUUUGAUAUUUCAUGCAAUCAUUCGACCAGCGGUGGCUCCACAGAGAUUUGUGGUUGGAAAUGGAAGGAACUGCUUAUGAAGUUCACAGAGCCAGCGUGGGUUCUUCAGCCGGAAAAUAGUUCGUAUGGCUAUCCUGAAACAAACGCUCUGGUAUACAACAAAGAGGAUAACACGCUUUUUGCCGGCUGUGGGGAUAACAUCAUCUACAUGUGGGACCUUGAGACACGGAUAUGCCGAGGAACGUUCAAAGGACACACGGAUUAUAUUCAAUGUCUUGCAUUACGCGAGACUAAGAACCAGUUUUUCAGCGGAGGCGAGGAUGGAACUGUGAGGGUCUGGGAUUUCAAGAACAGGUCAAACAGAGAAUGUCAUCGCAUAAAAGUAAAUGAAAACGAGGAUAUCCGCAGGUCAUCACUUGGGAAAUGGAUCGGGUGUUUAGCGCUAAAUGAGGAACAAGAAUGGAUGGUCUGCGGUGGUGGCCCGCGAUUGUCUCUCUGGCAUCUCUCAUCUUAUACGUGUACAAAUAUAAUGGAUACGCCAGGAUCAUGUCAGCAAGCAGCCGUAUUUCAUAAAGAUCUGAUACUAACAGGUGGAACCAAACCAGAGAUUUACCAUUGGCAGACCAACGGUGACUUGAAAACUAAAGUGCCCUCAACAGCCACUACAAUUUACUCGCUAGCAAUCAACCAUUUAUCAGGACACAAGGUUUUGGUUGUAGCUGGCAAUUGUUCAAGUGUGGAUCUGUUCACAAACUUCGGCUAUAAAGCGCUGUCUUUGACAUUUGUGUAAAUAACACGAAUCUGCUGUAGAUUGUUAUAUGGUAACUUGCAUGUCUUGUAUUUAUAUUCUAUAUGUCAUAAUUAUCGCGACCCCAGUGAAAAUACAGUAGUCAAUACAUAUGCAUUUUAUAUGUCAUAAUUAUCGCGCGAUCCCACUGAAAAUACAGUAGUCAAUAGCUACAUAUGCAUUUUAUGUGUCAUAAUUAUCGCGAUCCCAGUGAAAAUACAGUAGUCAAUACAUAUGCAUUUUAUGUCAUAAUUAUCGCGCGAUCCCACUGAAAAUACAGUAGUCAAUACAUAUGCAUUUUAUAUGUCAUAAUUAUCGCGAUCCCAGUGAAAAUCUGGAUAUUUACUGCGUCUUCGGGGUAACUUAACAUGAAAAUCAUGGUUAACCAGAAACAUCUCAUUUAAACAUUACAAAAUAGUUGAAAAUAUCGUAUGAUCAAGAUGUAAUUUAAAGAGCAAUAA